AUGUCGCCAGAACCAUCGCCGCCGCAGCCGCCUCCUCCAGAGGCUCCACAGCCUCAGCUGGGUGCCAACUUCUUCGGCUUCCCCAACCUCGACCUCGGGGCCCCGGAUAGUUUCGAUUUCAUGACCUUCUUCGACAGCAGCAUGCUGGGCUCAUUCGACGACGCCGUUUUUGGUAUCGGAUCCGCCGACGACGUCUCGCCGGAGACUUUCAAUCCCACCGCCAGUGCCCGCACCCGCGAUCCUGAUGCGGCUGCCGUCGUCGCCGGCGGCAACCGUCCGACGGCCGAGGAGUCCAUCGCACGGCUCGAGAACCAGUUCAACACGGCGGCCAACAACGUCCCCGGAGCCGGGCCGUUGCCUCCCGGCACCAUGUCCCAGAUGGCACUUUCCGGCUCCGGCGGCAGCACCUUGACCGAGUUCACCAAGCGGAAGCAGUGGCCCGCCAAGGUCGUCGAGGAGCUCAAGGACUUCCUCCACAUCCUCGACGCCAACGGCCGCAUCAAGUACGCGUCCCCGAGCGUCCUCUCCGUCGCCGGAUACACGGCCGAGGAGAUCUUUGACGAGUUCCUCAAGGAUCUCAUCCACCCCGACGACCAGGGCAUCUUCGUCUCCGAGCUCAACGAGUCCAUCGCCUCCGGCACUCCGCUGCGAAUCUUUUACCGCUUCAAGAAGAAGGAUGGCACCUACGCCAUAUUUGAAUCCGUCGGUCACGCCCACAUCGCCGACGCCAAGUUUGCGCCCAACCCCGACAACCAGUCACCCUUCUGCCAGUCCGUCUUCAUGAUGUCCCGCCCGUACCCGACCAAGAACGCCGGCCUCCUGGACUCCUUCCUCGAGCACAAGAUCGAAAACGAGCGGCUGCGGCAGCGGAUUGCCGAGCUGCGGAUGGAGGAGGAGGCCGACGCCGACGAGGAGUCGAGGCAGUGGGCCCAACUCCAAGACGGCCGAUCCGACGCAACACCGCCCGAGCCCAUGGCCGAUGGGUCGUCGAGGAACCCGUUGCAUCCCGGCGCCGGCGGCGAGCACGUCGGGAACGAAGGAGAAGAAGACGACGGCGACGGCGACGGCGUGCCGCUGACCCGCGAGAGCCUGGAGGACACCGCCGACGGCACUCGGCUCGACGCGCAGCCGGACGGCACCGCGCGUUACGGCGCUCCAUCCCACACCGACACGAUAGAGAUGCUCACGGGGCUGCGGUACGUCGAGGGCGAGCGCUGCCGGGGCAUCACGGCCGGAAUGGCCAGCCCGGUCCUCGUCAAGGGUGACGCCGGCAUCGAGAUAUCCCUCGACCGAGACUCUCGAAUGGGCGAGAAGAAGAAGAAGAAGCUGAAGACGUCGGAGGAAUACGUCUGCACAGAUUGCGGAACUCUCGACUCCCCCGAAUGGAGAAAGGGACCGAGCGGACCAAAGACGCUCUGCAACGCUUGCGGCUUGCGAUGGGCCAAGAAGGAAAAGAAAAAAGGCAACUUCAACGGCUCCUCUCAGCUGGCCGAUCAAGCAACUACUUGA